UGUCUUUUGUUCCAUGCAGAUGUGGAUUGGGAACAAGAGGGGGAAGGAGAAGAGGAAAGGGGAGAGCAGUGUGACCAAAAAGAAAAAGUCAUACCGGUAUACGAGUGGACCAAAUGCGUUCAGCUUAUUUUUAAGCAAGAUGAAAAGAGGAACAGAAGAUAAAGCAGCAUUUUUUACAAAGGCAGCAGCCAAAUGGCGAUUGAUGCCUGAGAAUGAAAAGCAACCGAUUCAGGAGGAGGCAGCCAAGUUACGACAGGAUCCGAUGAAGGGCAUGUCAAGGGAGAAAUCAAUUCAUACGGAGCUGGCGAUCAUGUCAAAAUGUUGUGACAGGCUGAGCAGUUUUGGUUUUCAUUUCGGUGGAAUUGGUGUGGACACGGCUGAGAAGUGUCCACCAGUGGUUGUUGGCUCCCACCUUGGUGUUCAGUUCAUGAUCAAACCAGAACUGCAAGCACAAUACACACGGCACUUCAAUUUAGACCAUAUUGCUCCCAAAGCAAUACAAACUCCUCAAGAAAAGAGAGAAGAGAUGCGACAGAAAGUGCGCAGGAAGUUCCGAGAUUGCUGGGAGGAGGCAACUGGAUCGAAGAAGGCGGUGCCUUAUGGGAAAAUAAAAGCUGGAGAGAUUUCAGUGGAGUUGAGUGGCAUGCAGAGUGGUGUCCCCUUUAAAGACCCAAGUACCUAUCCUUUUGGUGUACUGGAGGAAAUCUUAAGAUGUCCAGUGAAACUGACAGUACAGAACUUCGACCCAAGUGAGAGAAAGAACUGUUACAGAUACCAGUACACAACAACUAGUUGAAGAGGACCAACCUCCAGAAUUGUCUAGUGAGAAAGCUGCCAUUGUACAAGGGGUGUUGGACAUUAUUGACACAAAAGAAAGCAUGGAAGAUGCACAGAAUGAAACCACACUUGAACCUGAGAAUAGAGUAACAGAAGUGAUGGUGGAAGCACUCCAAAGACAAAAAAACA